AUGGAAAGUGGAUCUCGACUCGAAUCAUCUCGAUACCUGCUUACCUCCGACAACUACUCCACCUGGAUUGUGUCGAUUGAAGCAAAACUUGAAGAUAUCAGAGCUUGCGAACUGGUUACCGGAUUAAUCAAGAUCGACGAAAAAACCACUGCGGAUGAGCUCGCCAAAUACUCAAUCAUCAGUCGCAAGGGUUAUUCAAAAAUUAUCCAGAAUCUUGAUGCAACCAACCUCGCCCUUGUCAGUACCACAUUACCCGAAGAAGAAAAAUUCAACGGCCGAGCUCUGUGGAGAUUAUUGAAGAACAAGUACGCUGGCUCAGACCUUGUUGCUCGCUCGACUGCUCUCAAUCAUUUCCUUGACCUUGAAUACACCGAUGUUGGAUCCUUCUGCACUGCCAUACGACUAGCCAAUCAACGACUAGUUCUCGCCAACGUACUCCGAGAUGAUCAAGUAAAAAUCAUGAUCAUGCUUCGCAAGCUCCCUCGCGUCCAAUACCAAUUGUUUCGAGACAUCAUCGCCAUGGGUUUCGCCACCAAAACUUUUGAAUCAGCCGUCAAACAGCGGUGGGCAGAUACGUUACGUAACUAA